AUGGGAAUCAUGCCGGCAAUGACGCAGACCGCUUCCAGUGAUAUGGUACGUGGAAAUGAUCUGUCAGGACUGCUGUGUGGAGGCCGCUACGAGGUUGUCUACCGUCGGUUGGAUCGCUUUUUCUUCGAGUUAACUGAACUCGGAGUGGAGCUUGUGUUUUUCAAUGAUGGUCCAAUACAACAAAUGAAAUUCGCUACCUGGCAAAGGAGACAAACGGAAAAGUACAAAAACAGUAUCAAAAUAACAGAUGCAGUCGAUUCCAACGUUUACAACCUGCGCUCGUUAGUAUCGAAGUACCGCAAUAGUAUCCCGAAUAACACACGUUAUUCAUUAGAGGAACCAGCAAAGAAACAUGGCACCUACAAACUUGCCAUUGAUAGGGAUUGUGACCAAGCUCUGGCCGCCUACGCAACUUCGCACAAUGCUAUGGCAAUCAUUACAGAAGAUACAGAUUUCUUGAUUUUUGAUGGCCGUUGGCGCAUCUGGGUUUCCGGCACUUUGAAUAUGGAACGUUUUACAAUCUAUGAAUAUAAUCGUAAUAAUUUGCUUCGCCAUGUCCAACUCAAAGCUCAUCAAUUGCCCCUGCUGGCAACGCUAUCAGGCAAUGACAUUAUUAACUACGGCAAUCUAAGAUCUUUCCACAUGAGGUUGGGACAUCCGGAGGACAAAUUUGAUACCAUUGCUAACUUCAUACGCAAGCACUCAAAAACUACCGUAAGGGAAUUAACAGUUGAGGUCUUUGGUACAAGCAACGCAGCCCUUCAAAAUCGUUUCCAAGAAAGUCUUGAUUCUUAUAAAACUGAUACUUUAGCCAUUGACAGCAGCUCCAGCCGUGAUGAAAUUCUAACAAUGUUCCUAUCUCAGAACAACGAAUUUGCCCAUCAUUUAUGGGCGGGAAAACCUUUCGAGUUGACAACCUAUUUUAUUGAUCUACGCAGCGAGCAAGAAGGAUUCGAGUAUGCCAAACUACUGUUUCCCGUAUUCGAACGCCAAGCCGGAAUCUUACUCUGGGAUAAACAAGAUGUUGGAGAAUUCAGUCUUACCGUUAAACUCAGCCACGGUGCUCCAUACACCAAAGAACAGCGAUGCGUCGAACGUCCCAAGGAAAUUACACCGCCCUCUAUUUCAGAUCUUCUAUCGGAUGAUCCGCUUGUGCAAACCGACACUCGGGACACAAAGCUACAGCUCUUUUGCUGGAUUAUAUCGGAUAAAUUGGACUUUCAUCGUUUUCAGUCGAUUCCCCAGAAGCUUUGGAUAGCCGUGGCAACCUUAUACUAUCUUAUCGAGAAGAAAAUUCUUGAGCUCUGCGAAGCGGAUCUUCUCCUGCUCGUUAGCUACAGAGUUUCAACUGAAUCGUACAAUCCUAAAGCAGUCAAGUAUCCAGACCGCUUGAAGGGACGACCAUUCCGAAUUGCAUUUCUGUUUACACAUCUGUACAAACAGUUUCUGGCGGUCCUUGAGCGGCUCGCACUUUGGCGCGAAUAUUCGAUCGGCUAUCUUCGCUUCGAUGGUCUCCUUUUCCAUGGUCUAUACGAGGAGUGCCGUGAAUCGGAGGGUUUUUUCGAAGACAUCAAAGAAUGGAGAUUAUAUGCAUCGAUCGUUGACGCUCGAUAG